GUUCAGAGUGUCAUAUUGGGUGUCCAUGUGAUAGUGUGUGAGCGUGGAUGUUGAGAGUCAGGUCAAGUGUGUGAGCGGUGGAGAGAGAGUGAGAUGAAGAAGAACAUGUUUCUGAAAGAGUCCAUCGCAAAGUGAUGGUGUCAGUGGACGGAGAAAAAUUCUGAUGUUGCUGUGAGUCUUCAACCAAAGAGGGAUUGCGUUAUGGGGAGUGUUAGCGAAUUGUGCGCUUUCAGUUUUCAGGCGUUUUUAUGCCCGACGAUACGAGCUCUGGAGUCUGCUGCUGCUCCUGCUCCUAAAGUGCCCGAUGACCUCAGUCCAGAGGAGAGAGAGGAGCUGGAGAGCAUCCGCCGCAGGAAACAGGAGCUACUGCAGGACAUACAAAGGCUGAAGAAUGAGAUAGCCGAGGUCACCAGUGAGAUUGAUAACCUGGGUCUGACUGAAGAAAGGAAAAGCAUGCAGAGGAAUAAACAGAUGGCCAUGGGGCGGAAGAAGUUCAACAUGGACCCCAAGAAGGGGAUCCAGUUCCUGAUCGACUGCUCGUUGCUGAAAAACACUAGUGACGACAUCGCACGCUUCCUCUACAAGGGCGAGGGCCUGAACAAAACGGCCAUCGGCGAUUACCUCGGAGAGAGAGACGAUUUCAACAUCGAGGUGCUGCACGCCUUCCUCCAGCUGCACGAGUUCUCUGACCUGAACCUGGUCCAGGCCCUGCGGCAAUUCCUGUGGAGCUUCCGGCUUCCCGGCGAGGCGCAGAAGAUCGACCGCAUGAUGGAGGCCUUCGCCCGGAGAUACUGCUACUGCAAUCCCGGCGUGUUUCAGAGCACGGACACGUGUUACGUGUUGUCCUUUGCCGUCAUCAUGCUUAACACCAGUUUGCACAACCCCAACGUGAAGGACAAGCCCUCCGUUCAGAGAUUCACAGCCAUGAAUCGAGGCAUAAACGACGGUGGAGACCUGCCAGAUGAGCUUCUCCGAAACCUCUUUGAAAGCAUCAAGAACGAGCCCUUUAAAAUCCCAGAGGAUGACGGCAACGACCUCACGCACACUUUUUUCAAUCCCGACAGAGAGGGCUGGCUGCUCAAACUAGGAGGCGGUCGAGUAAAGACCUGGAAGAGGCGCUGGUUCAUCCUCACAGAUAACUGCCUUUAUUAUUUUGAGUUCACAACAGACAAAGAACCGCGAGGGAUCAUUCCCCUGGAAAAUCUAAGCAUUCGUGAAGUGGAUGACUCAAAGAAACCGAACUGCUUCGAGCUCUUCAUCCCGGACCACAGAGAUCAGGUGAUCAAGGCCUGCAAGACGGAGGCGGACGGCCGCGUCGUUGAGGGCAACCACACUUUUUACAGAAUUUCCGCCCCCACCGCAGAGGAGAAGGAUGAGUGGAUCAACAGCAUCAAAGCCGCCAUUAGCAAGGACCCCUUCUACGAGAUGUUGGCCGCUCGCAAAAAGAAGGUUUCCUCCUUGAAGGGCGUGUAGUGUGCGCAAACACUCAGGUUUGACUGAUGAGUGCUGCUGGAAACAAAUGGAGCUCAAACUGUCAAAUCAAUGAACCACUGUUGCACCUUCAACUCAUUUCCUUUUUUUUUUAUACGCAUACAGUAUGUUUGAGGACCAUCCUCUGCCUGUUUUCAUCUGUUGCUUCUGUGGGUGAGAAGCUGACUGAGCAUUUUACAUUUCAUGAAAGUCGAUGGAGAUAUUCAUUUAAAUUCGGCACAAAAAAGAAAAACUGGAUCUCUUUUCACAUUUUGUCCCUCACCCCCCCCAAUGCUUUCAAAGCACAAUUCGUGGAACUGGUGAUUGAAGGUGUUGCUUGGUAUUUAUUUGUCCUUAUUUAUUGUUUUGUCUGAUUAAAAGUUUACAACCAG